GCUAUUAGUCAUAAUUAUUGUUUAAUAACCGAAGGGAAAAAAUGCCUGGGCGACAGCACUUUUCAGAAGCGCGUUUUCGUUUAUUCGCCGCGGCCUGCUGUGGCCCUACCAGGCCGCCGUAGCCGGCUCUCCCGUUCCCUGCGUGGCGAGGAGCAGUUGUCGGCGGGACUUCCGUGUUGGCGGGAUUCUGAACGCUGCCAUGGCUCAGACCGUGCAGAACGUUACAUUGUCCCUCACUCUGCCCAUCACGUGCCACAUUUGCUUGGGGAAGGUACGUCAGCCUCUUGUAUGCACCAACAACCAUGUGUUUUGUUCUGUUUGUAUUGACUUGUGGUUGAAGAAUAAUAGCCAGUGUCCAGCUUGUAGAGUCCCCAUCACUCCUGAAAAUCCUUGCAAAGAGAUUAUCGGAGGAACAAGUGAAAGUGAACCUAUGCUAAGCCACACAGUUAGGAAGCACCUUCGGAAAACAAGACUUGAGUUACUCCAUAAAGAAUAUGAGGAUGAAAUAGAGUGUUUGCAAAAAGAGGUAGAAGAACUUAAAAGUAAAAAUCUCAGUUUGGAGUCACAGAUCAAGAGUAUUCUGGAUCCUUUAACCUUGAUGCAGGGCAACCACAAUGAAGACAAACUUCCAUUGGCAGAUAAUCCAAGUAAAAUUGACCUGGAAACUGUAGCAGAGUGGAAGAAAAAACUCAGAACAGCUAAUGAAAUCUAUGAAAAAGUCAAAGAUGAUGUGGAUAAGUUAAAAGAGGCAAAUAAAAAACUGAAAUUGGAAAACGGUGGCUUAGUGAGGGAGAAUUUACGGCUGAAGGCUGAAGUUGACAACAGAUCACCCCAGAAGUUUGGAAGGUUUACAGUCGCUGCUCUUCAGUCCAAAGUAGAGCAGUAUGAACGUGAAACCAAUCGCCUCAAGAAAGCUCUAGAACGAAGUGAUAAAUACAUAGAGGAACUAGAAUCUCAAGUAGCACAACUAAAAAAUUCAAACGAAGAAAAGGAAGAUGUGAAUGUCAUUUGCCACAGAGCACCUUCUGUGGACGGCAAGGGGGGCAAAGGCAGUGACGGGGCUGUGGCAUCAAAGAGUCAAGGUGACAGUGCCAGGCAGCAGGCUGGCUCAGCAACCUCUGGUUCUUCUCACCUGGCAACCGCUUCUAGCAGCAGACUCUCUGACACAAAUUCUGUCAGACAGGAAAGCACCAACAAAACAGAACCACACUGUCCUAAGAACAAAGACCUAUACCCCAAGCAGGUAGAAAUUAUGUUAGAUGUGACAGAUACGAGUAUGGAUACUUAUUUGGAAGGAGAGUGGGGUAAUAAACCAAGUGACUGCGUACCCUACAAAGAUGAAGAGCUUUAUGAUCUCCCAGCUCCAUGUACUCCUUUGUCCCUUAGUUGCCUUCAACUAAAUACUCCAGAAAAUCGAGAGAGCUCUGUAAUCAAAGCAGGAAAUUCCAAAAAGCACCCAAACCAUCUCAGAAAAUUGGUGUUUGAUGAUUUUUGUGACUCUCCAAAUGCUUGUAAUAACAAUUCUCCAGAGGAUGGUGUGAGUAGAGGUGAGAAUGAAAAGAAAUCAGAAUGUUCUGCUUCCCCAAAGACAGGAUUUUGGGAUUGUUGCUCCACAAGCUAUGCCCAAAGCUUGGAGUUUGAAAAUUCAGAGGGAAACACAAUGGCAAAUUCUGAUGGGGAAAUAUCUUCAAAAUCGAGUGAGAAAUCAGGUUCAUGUUUAUCCAAGAGACUGAAUUGUAUUCGCUCUCUCGAAAUGAACCGGACCAGAACAUCCAGUGAAGCAUCGAUGGAUGCUGCUUACCUUGACAAAAUCUCUGAGCUGGAUUCAAUGAUGUCAGAGUCAGACAAUAGCAAGAGCCCUUGUAGCAAUGGUUUUAAGUCAGUGGAAUUGGAGGGUUUAUCAAAGUCCUCUCAAGGCAGUGAAUUUCUAGAGGACCCUGAUAAGUUGGAAGAAAGAACUAAUCUGAGUCUUUCCAAAAGUUCCUUAACUGCUGAUCAGUUAGAAGAUGGAAGUGAAUGGAAACCCACUUCUUUUUUUCUCCUCUCUCCAUCUGACCAAGAGAUGAAUGAUGAUUUUUCUCUCCAUCCCACAUCUAAUUCAGGGACUAAUGAAAUCAAACCCCCAAGCUGCUUGUUUCAGACUGAGUUUUCCCAGGGUGUUUUGUUAAGCAGUUCACAUCGACUAUUUGAAGAUCAAAGAUUUGGAUCAUCUUUAUUUAAGAUGUCUUCAGAGAUGCAGAGCCUUCACAACCACCUUCAGUCUCCUUGGUCUACUUCCUUUGUGCCUGAAAAGAGGAAUAAAAAUGUGAAUCAGUCAACAAAAAGAAAAAUACAGAGUAGUCUUUCCAAUGCCAGCCCAUCAAAAGCAACUAAAAGUUGAAUUGUGGGGGAAGUGUCAUUUGUGGGUUUGUCCUUAAAGGGUUUUUAAUGUUACUUUAUUCAUUUCAUAAAAGCUCAAUCCAAUGCUGGACAUGGUAGCACGCCUUUAAUCCCAGCACUUGGGAGGCAGAGGCAGGCGAAUCUCUGCAUUCAAGGCCAACCUGGUCUGCAUAGCUAGUUCCAAGCCAGCUGGGGCUAUAGGAGGGAGUCCCUGUCUCAAAAAGACCAAAAAAAAAAAAAAAAAAAAAGUUGAAUCCAAUCUUGAAUUGAUCAUCUUCAGUCAUGUCAAGCCCGAAUGCUGGGUUAAACCUGUUCCUAGGGCACUCAUUUCACCUUGAAGAAAACCUUGGUCUCUUUUAGAGAUCUUUUUGACCAGAGAAAGCAGGGAGAAGUUUUGGGGUGUUUGUUUUAAUGAAUGUUGUAUGUUUCUUGUUUGAGUGUAUUUUGUUUUCUCAAACCUUAUUUAACUAUUAGAUAUAGUGUCCUGUUAAGGCUCAACUGUCUUCAGAACUUGUAUUUCUUAAAUAAAACAGUAUUGUUUGUACAGCACUCAUACUUGAGUUUCUUUAAAGCUGUUCCUAGAGUGGAAAUUAUGUUGUCUGUCCCUAUGUUAUUUAUGUUUAGUCGUGGCCUAACUGUUAUGCGAGGCCAUGGUGGAGAAAUAGCACUCUGACCUUAAUUCAAUAUUCACUUAAUUUUUCUUAGGUUUUUAUAUUGAUGUUUACAUCUUCUAGCAUUGUGCUCUGUCCAUAUUUUGUGAACUUGUUGAGCUAGUAUGAAAUAACUCACUUUUUGUAUAAAAAUACUCACUUUAUGCCAGGUGGUUUAUAUUGGCUCAUCUUUGUAGGUAUGUGUGUGUAUAAAAUUAGAAAAUGAUUAGACUUUGGAAGGAAGGCAUGGUUGGGUUUGGAAAAGUUUAAACAUCCUAGCUUCAUUUCCCAGGUGAGUAGGAAAAAGCACUCUUUGUUGAGUCCUUGAGCCACUCCUCCUUUUUGGUGGAUACAGUUCCUGUUUGCAUGUUACUAAUUCUUUGUGGAAUCUAUGUGCAUGAUAGCAUUUUUGCUUGCUCCAUUUUCCAUCCUAAAGAAAAGGAAGUUUCUAUGGCUAAUAGAAUGUUAUCUAAGACAAACUUCUCAUGAAAAGUAAUAAGUGAGGGUGGGGAUAGGUAAGCAUUAAGCACAAUUUUUAGUUUAGGCUUUAAAAAGUAUAUUCUAAACAUGUUUGGUAUGCCUGUAUUUGGUAUGCCUAUAUAGGCCUUAAAUGUGGGUCUGUAUGCUAAUGACUUGUUUAAUGUGCACUGAACAUUUUCAUGUACUGUUUUACCUUGAUACUGCAUGUUUUUCUAUGUGAAUUCAAUAAAGGAUGCUAUAUGCAGUGU